UCUAAACAAGAGGAGAUGGACCUUGACGACGAAGAUAUAAGUAUAAUUGAGAAAAAUAAGGUUGCCGGCCGAGUUUUUAUUUCUUUGACAGAAGAUAAACUUAUAGCCUCUCCAUAUAAUCUUCUCGGUGGACCAGCGGGAGCCAUAGCACUUUUGAUUAAAGAACUUAAUAGUGAGUUGCAAGCGUCAACAUCUCUCCAGCAACCAGAAAAAUUGGAAAAUAAUCUACAAACUGCCGAAGCUAUCGAAAAGACGCAUGAACUCCCAGAUAAUCCUAUCUCGACUUCUGAAGAAAGUCCAGCUAACGCACACUUGUCUGAAACUGAAGAAAGUCUACCUAACACACACUUGCCUGAAACUGCCUCAGGUCUCCUCCGUUAUUAUGAGCUUUGGAACUGUCACUAUACAAAAUGGCCGAGCCUUAACGAGUUUUCCGACUAUUUACGUGAUGUUCCCAAAGAUCGUGUACAUCAUUCUUUUAAAAUAGAGGUUGAAGUUUUACGAAAAUUGUUUGCGAACGAACACCCUGCUCAGCUACGUCUUAUACAACUGGAAAGCCAACUGAAGAUGCGACAGUCAGCAAGAAUAAUUAAAAAAGCAACUAGAAACGCAACCAAACUGCUCGCAAAAAAAACGAGUGUAAAAAAAGAAUUGGAAAUUGUUGAGGAUUCUACGAUUAUCGAUGGAUAUCGUCGGAUUAAUAAACAUUACGACAGUUUUCACGAAGCAAGUACACAAUUAGUUAAGCGUAGGUUCUUGGCCGAUAAUGACCAUUCUGAUUCUAAUCACGAAGUAGAUGGUUCAAAAAGGUGUCGACAACAAUGA